UUCCACCCAAAAAUGGAUGUACAUGUUGUCCAGCCUUUAAUCUUUAAAAGAAAGCUUUUGUCCAAUAAAUCUAAUCAGUAGAGCUUUUAACGCAGAGAAAGCAACAAGUGGCUACAGAGCAAAACAGGAGAUCAUGGCAACCGGUGGAAGCAACGCGACCUUUGACCUCAGUCCCAAGGCCUUGGUGGGCGUGGGCGUCGGACUGGUGGCUGUGGGCGGGGCCAGUUACCUACUGUACCGCCACCUGACCCGCGAUGUAAUGCCCCAAAAGUGGCGACGUGUGGGCACUGUGCAGGCGAUCCACUUCUUUCCCGUGAAGUCCUGUGCUCCUCUAGAAAUCUGGAAGCCUGACGUGGAGUACGACUGCGAUGUGCUUAGCAUGUCCUUUGAGGGAAUAAGAGAUCGCACCUUGAUGGUGGUCAAUGAGAAGAACGAGAUGAUCACGGCUCGGACCUAUCCGAAAAUGACCCAGAUCCGCUCAAAGAAAGUGUCGCCUGGUAAGUUGCUCUUUAGCGCCCAGGACAUGCCCGACCUGGAGUUGGACUUUGAGAAGCUUGAUGGUCCCGAAAAGGAUGUGCGUACCGCCGUUUGGGGCGUGCCCGUGGACGUGAUGCCCUGUGGAGAUCGGAUCAACAAGUGGUUCUCCCAGGCCAUCCUAAAGAAGGAUUCCGGCCUCAAGCUGGUUCACUAUCCCUAUCCGAAACCAGUAAAGGCUAGCAAUCCGGACCUCAAGGACAUGCCCUCAGUAAGACAGGAGGAUACGGGCGCCUUCACCGAUGCCACCAGUUUUAUGCUGAUGAACCUUUCGUCGGUGGCUGAUCUUAACACCCGCCUGAAGAAUCCUGUGGACGCCCUGCAGUUCCGUGGAAGUUUCGAUCUGAAAAUGGAUGUGGAUGAGCCCUAUGCCGAGGACAAUUGGCAGUGGCUUCGCAUUGGGGAUGAUGCUGUGUUCCGAACGGUGGGCCCAUGCACUCGCUGCAUCGUUCCGAACAUAGAUGUGAAGACGGCUGCGAUAAACUCUGACGGAGAGCCACUCAAGACGCUGAAGAGCUACCGCAAGUUCAAGUACAGCGCACCGGCUAUGGGCAUUCAUUUGGGACUUCGGCUGCCGGGAAAGGUCAAGGCCAACGAUGUGGUAUACAUAGGGGACCAGUGAACACUUUGAUGGCUUUUCCAAGAUAGUUUACUG